AUGUCGGAACAAAGUCUAAAUGAAGUACAGGGGGCGAAAGAAGAGGAGGAGGAAAACACGGGAACUAACAGCCAGCCAGGUGGAAGGACUGCAGAGGAGCCGCCAGAGGAGGACAGAGAGCCGGGGAGGGAAGCAGAGGAGCAGCGGACCGCCGGCUCACCUCCAGAUGCGCUGGAGACUGUGGAAGAAGCUGAGACACAGGCUGAUUUGCUCGAUGAUGCUGAGCAGCCCAAAGAGCCCCAGAUUGCUGAAAUAGUAGAAAAUGUUGGAAACUCCACAGCUACAGUGAAGGUGGUGCUGGUGCCGGAGGGUCAUGUGAUGACUGUGGCUUUUGCCAUCGGUCUCAGCAUUCAGGAGCUGAAGCGUCACCUUGCCUCAGAGCUGAGAGUCCCUGUGGAGGUGCUGCAGGUCUCUCUGGACGGCAGAGUGGUAGAGGAGCAGAAGAGCCUGAUGGAGCUGGGCGUCCGGCCUCACAGCUCCACCCGGAUGGAGAUGAGCUCCACCGAUCCAAGUUCCCACCCGCUCCGCCCUCUUCGGCCCCCAGAGCAUGAUAGCAUGAGGGAUGUUAUUACUGUGGAAGUCAUCACAGAUGAAGGCUUGUUCCAGGAGGUGGUGGUGGAGAUUGAGCGCCCUCGCCAGCAGAAAGCCUUCCUGGGUGGCUACAGGCACCGGCUGACAGGGGUAGAGUACCAUCAUGCCGCCGUCCAGACCUUGCCCAAGAGGAGGCCUGACAGAGGAGUGGUUACCUUCAGCCGCGACACACAGACAGUACAGCUGAAGUCCCAAGCUCAGCAGUGUCCAGUUGAUGUCUCCACCCAGAUGACUGGGAUCGGCUGCUACAUCUCCUGUAUGAAUGACGAGCUGGUCACUCCUGGGAAGUACACCACUGCUGACGAGUACCAUGACAGGAGGCUGAGAGCUGUGAUCUGUCUGCAGUCAUAUACUCGGCGCUGGCUGGCCCAGCAGGCGGUGGACAGGCUGAAGAAGGAGCGCCAACGGCGACUGACCUGGCUGGAGAUACAGGAGAGGAGGAGGAGAGAGGAGAAGAAGGAGCAGCUGAGAGAACGUCGCCACGGCUGGAUGAACCCACAGAGGAGGGAGGACUUUAACCUGCUAUACCACGCUCUAGAGAAGUGGAGGAGUGAGGAGGAGCAGCGGAUCAACGCAUCUCUGCAAGGAGCUGAGAGGAAGGCAGCUCUCUGCUCGCUGUUAGACAAGGAGACAGAGCUUAUCGCCACCAUUGGACAACAUUACAUCGCCUUCCAGAACAACAACUUCGACAAAAUCGUCAAGAACCUCCUGGACAAGUCUGCAGCUCCUCAUCGGUGGCGAGCAGCAGACGGUCAUCUGAUUGAGAUGGACAAUCAACACACCAUCAGAGCCAGAGAGCUCCGCGAUCUCUACAACAGUGUCAGCCUGUUCACCGUCAGCCAGGAGCAGAGAUGCCACGUCCUGAUGUCACUUAAACACACUGUCAAUGAGCAGAAGUGCCAGCUGACCCAAGACAUCGUGGAUUUGAUUGACAGGGAGGUAGACCUGAUGAAACGAGAGGUUAAGACAAGAAAUCUAGAAGGACUGAGGAAGAGGAUCUGCACUCUGUUCCUCCAGUACAUCAAAACACCAGCGUUCAACCCGGCAGUGGGCAAGUUGCUGAAGGUUCCCCAGAAUCCUUCCAAGCUGAAGAAUGACGUGUUCUGCUGCCACUCCUGUCAUCGUUACCUGCGCUCCACCAACUUCAUUGCAUCAGCCAGCGGUCUGAGCGGUCGCUGCAAGGACUGCACCAGAGUUGAUAAUAUAGCUAGAACGCGUGACGACUUCUCUUGCUACAAGAACAUCCUGAGGAGGCUGAGAGCUGACGAACAGCAGCUCAACAAGGAAGCCAAGAUCCCUUUUCUGCUGCAGGUGGAGGACAUUCGGUACCUCGUAGAGGUGCUCUGGUUGUCUCGCUCAGCCCUCAACGCCAGCAGCGACCUCUACAACCUGGUGUUUGUUCGCUGGGACCACCAAAGGGACUGGAGCCCCUGGAACUGCAUACUGCUGUCUAAAGAGGAGACUUCAGCUCACUUAGAGGUGGAGGACAUCGACAAGGCAUAUGAGGCGGCUUUCAUCUGUGGGGUUAAACACAAACAUAGACGAGCUCAACGCCACUUCAGCCAGGUAUCUGUCAUGGCUGAGUACCUGGACUCUCAGCCGGCUGCUGCCAUUGGCAACCAGCUCGUCUCCAAGCCCAUCACCAUGGCAACAUGCCGGGAUGCCACUGACACCUCACCAGACUCAGCUCAUUAA